UUUUCCGUAAAGACGUGGUGCUUGAGGACCUGUUAAGUCAUUUUUGGUCGAGUUCGGCUACUUGCAGGUAGACUCAUUUCCUCACUCAAAAAUGAAGCUAACUAUAGUCUUCCUUUUAGCGCUUCUCUCUCUGGCUAUUGCUGAUAAUAGCGAACAGAACUUCUUGUCUACCCUUUCACAGUUUACCAAAGACAGACAGGAGGCCAUCGACCAAGGCGUUGGUCGGUUGUCGGACGGUCGAUCGAAGCGAGAAGUAAGUCUGUUCACUAAAAGCUGGUUGUCUAAAAGGGCCAUUGGACCAAUCCGCGCCAAUGCAAUUCGUUUAAACCGUCCAGACAUUCUCAAAGAAGGCAAUGGUACAGGUCGAGUAGAAGUAUACAACAACGGAAGAUGGGGUACCGUAUGUGAUAAAGAUUGGGACUUUCAGGAUGCACAGGUUGUUUGUAACGAGCUUGGUAUGGUCAAAGCUGUCCACGAGUCUAGAAAAGCUAAAUACGGUCAAGGAGUUGGCGACAUCUGGAUGGGAGGGUUACAAUGUAGUGGUGAAGAACUCUCUGUAUGGAAUUGCAAACGGGACCACGAGAAGGGUACUCAAGGGUGUACACAUGCUGAUGAUGCUGGCGUCAAAUGUCUUCACACUGGCUUACCUGCCAUCAUCGAGGUUGGCUGUUACAAAGAUCAGAAUGAGCCGAACAGAGCUCUUCGGCAUCUGAUCGCCAACUUACGAGACGAAAUCGAUUGGUAUAAUGUCCGUAGUAUGGUAACGAAGUGUGCCGAACGUGCACACGAAGGUGGAUACCAAUAUUUUGGUAUUCAGUUUUAUGGCGAGUGUUGGGUGGAUAAAGAGGGAGCAACGCGAUAUCAUAUGCACGGGAAAGCUGAAAGUAAAGAUUGUUUCGAAGGUACCGGCAUGCAUUAUACGAACUUCGUGUACAGAUUUGCGCCAUGGAAGGAUCUUGGAUGCUGGACUGAUGUUGAGGCGGACCGGACAAUGAACAAGAUCAUCGUGAACCUCAGAUAUAAAAUUGACUGGUUUAACAUGGACAAAACAGUGUUGGAUUGCUACGAAGCCGCUAAGCAAGCCGGCUUUAGAUACUUCUCCGUUCAGUAUUAUGGUGAAUGCUGGGCAUCUAAUGACGAGAACUUAUACCGGAAGCACGGCUACAGCGUCAACUGCUGGAAUGGUGUGGGAGGAGAACUCGCCAACUACGUUUAUCAAGUACUAGAGUGAUUAAAACAGAUCUUCUCUAAAUAAGACAAACAAAAGAUGCUAUUGUUUCCUGCUAUAGCUUCACCAAACACACUUUGCGUUGUAAAGGGGUUUCACUGAGAGGAAAAUAAAGUAGAACUAACAUGAUAAA